AUGAAGGAAAAUAAUAGUAAUUUUGAGCAAAUACAAACUCGUGUACGACAUCAUUUAUUGAAAACGUAUGGUUGGAAAAUGGCUGACGUAGAACGUCUUCUUCAAUGGAAAUGGAUACCACGAGACAAAAAUGGUUUUCGAUUAGCUGGCAUGCCUCUGAAUGUGCCAGUGCCUAGAAACGGAAAAGUAUAUUAUGCUGUUGGAGGAAUUUCAUUUCAUGAGAAUGGAUCCUUCUGGUUGAAUUUGAUGGAAGCAAAAGAUAAACCUGCUUUGUUUAAUUCUGAUGAUGUAGAAUUAGUAAUGAAAAGAGGCAUUACAGAUGUAUCGUUCUCAUUGGAUCCUCCUCUUGCUUCUGACUUUCCACAUCCAUUUCAAAAAGCUACAUGGACACCACAUGAUGUUCUUACUCACACAGAUUUUCUCUCAACACUUCUUCAUGCAGACUUAUGGUUAAAGAGCAUGAAUUUUCAAAUGGAAAUGUCUGAUCAGUUUCCCUUUCAUGUUCGACCUAUUCAUGAGAAUAGUUCAUCGGCUCCAUCAAGUGAUUUGUAUCAACGUUUAUUCAGAAAAGAGGAAUUCGAGCACGAUCAGCUCUUUUCUGCCGCUAAAGUAUGGAUUCAAUCAGGUCCAAUCAAAUACAAUCGAAUCGAACAAGACAAUAUUACAACGUAUGUUCUUGGUCCGCCGAAUAUGCAGGUGAAAUAUUUUAGUUAUAUCAGACAAGUAAAGAACAAUGUAACAGGUCUAAUUGAUACGCACAUAGGUGGUUCGUCUCCAUGGUAUGAUUAUUUCACACAAAUAAUGACGGAAAAUUAUACUGAAUUGGGUCAUUACUAUCCUGAACUAUUGCGUCUAGGAGAGUUAAGCAAAUUAAUGGGAGUUGCUUUGAUUUUUCAACAUCAUUAUCGUGAGUUACGAAAGAUUCUUUCACCACCAUCUCUUGACUCAGUUGCAAAAGUUUUAAAUUCCAGCAACUUAAGAAGUCAAGUUUUUGGUGGAGUAUGGCCAUUAGUAACAGAUGCACGUGUUGAGAAUGCAUUAGAUCGAUUAAUCUUGGAACAAGGAUUGCAAAUUUCCAAUAAGCACAACAUUCGAAAUCUUGCUACGGCUCGUAUUUAUAUACGUGAACAAUUGACGAAAAUUCAAAACGACAAGAUCAAAGAGAUUGCUGAAGCAAUUUCAACGGCAUUCAAUAUUUCUGUACAUGCAAUCAGUAGUACAGCUAUCGACGCCUUUCUUAGAAAUACUAAUGCGGACGCUGAAAAUGCUCUUCUCAACGAGAUCGUCUCAGGUUGUAGUUUAUCUUGUUUUCGAUAG